CAUGCCGAUGCUGCAGUGGUAAACAAUCGUGCGUCGCGAGAAAUCUGCAAAGGCGAAAAGAAUUUCUAUCGAAAUAACAGUCGGCGAUUCGCGCGGCCAACCGACACCGUAUGCCUGUCGCACUGGCAGAUCGACGCCCUGGUGCCGAUUGACCACCACUGCCUGCCCGAAGCAUUGCCUUUUUUGGGUUGAUCGUGAUACAUUAAAAAUUAUAUAUAUCCAGUUUUCGUGUGUGCGGCUGCAAAAUUUUUGACCGGCCGUGCGCGCAUUUGCAUUUCCGACGGUGACACGGCGUGUGUGUUUACGGGUUACGGUCUCGGUUUGUGAUAACGUGCAAAAGUAAAAGAAAAGGGCUUUGAAGAAAGUGAGUGUGUGUCUUGAAUUUAAAAAUAAGUGCUUAAAGUGUGGAGCACACAGGUGGAUUGUUGUGUUUGUUGCCGGUUGUGUUUUUUUACAAGUAGGCCAGUGUGUACGUGUGUGCGUCUGUGUGUGUGUGUGCGCGGUGUAAAGGAAGAUGUCGUUUCGUGUGGUGAGAAGCUCCAAGUUCCGGCACGUGUUCGGCCAGGCGCUGAAGCGCGAACAGUGCUACGACAAUAUACGCGUGUCGAAGAGCAGCUGGGACUCGACGUUCUGCGCGGUCAAUCCGAAGUUCCUGGCCAUCAUCGUCGAGUCGGCGGGCGGCGGUGCCUUCAUCGUACUUCCACACAAUAAGGUCGGACGAAUCGCGGCGGACCAUGCACUGGUCGGUGGACACAAGGGCCCCGUGCUGGAUAUUGCCUGGUGCCCGCACAACGACAAUGUCAUCGCAUCUGGGUCGGAAGAUUGCGUCGUGAAGGUAUGGCAAAUUCCAGACGGUGGACUGUCCCGAACGCUCACCGAGCCGGUGGUCGAUCUGGUGUACCAUCAGCGCCGCGUCGGCCUGGUACUGUGGCACCCGUCCGCGCUGAACGUGCUGCUGACCGCCGGCUCGGACAAUCUGAUCGUGGUGUGGAACGUGGGUACGGGCGAGGUGCUGGUGCGGAUCGACUGCCAUCCGGACACGAUCUACAGCGCCUGCUGGAACUGGGACGGUUCGCAGCUGGUGACGACGUGCAAGGACAAGAAGAUCCGCAUCCUGAACCCGCGCAACGGCGAGGUGCUGAACGAGGCGCUCGCCCACGAGGGCUCUAAAGCGACCCGGGCCAUCUUCCUGCGGCACGGGCUCAUCUUUACCACCGGCUUUAACCGGUCGUCCGAGCGGCAGUACUCGCUGCGCGCCCCGGACGCACUGGGCGACCCGAUCGUGAUGGUCGACCUCGACACGUCCAACGGCGUGAUGUUUCCGCUGUACGAUCCGGACACGAACCUGAUCUACCUGUGCGGCAAGGGCGACUCGGUCAUCCGGUACUUCGAGGUGACGCCCGAGCACCCGUACGUGCACUACAUCAGCCAGUUCCAGACGCCGGACUCGCAGCGUGCCAUCGGCAUGAUGCCGAAGCGGGGCUGCGACGUGAGCACGUGCGAGGUCGCCCGCUUCUACCGGCUGAACAACGGGGGGCUGUGCCAGGUGAUCUCGAUGACGGUGCCGCGCAAGAGCGAACUGUUCCAGGAGGAUCUCUACCCGGACACGCUCGCCGACGAGGCGUCCAUCUCCGCCGAAGACUGGAUCAGUGGGGCCGAUGCCGAUCCGCAGCUUAUCUCGCUGAAGGAUCGCGUCUUUCUCGUGCAGGGUGGCUACGUGUCCCAGGCCCAGAGCACCACGCUCACCGUCACGAAGAAGUCGAACGUGCUGGACAAGAUGGCACCGAAGAGCGGUGGCCCGAAGACGCUGUCCGCCUCGACCGGCGGUUCGGCCGGUGCGUCCGCCAACGGUUCGCCGGUGACGGUCAACAAUGGAACGUCCGGCGGCGGCGGUGGAAGCACAUCGCCCGCCAACGGCACACAGCAGAUCACAAUCGGUGGCGUUUCGGAGCAACAGUUCGGCGAGCUGAGGACAAAGUUCGAGGAAGAGUUCCGCAAGCUGAAGGCAAUCAUCGUGAAGCACGAGAACCGGAUCCGCUCGCUGGAGGCAACGGUCAAAGCGAUGACCGACCGGGGGCUGACCGAGGUGGACGGUGCCGGGCUCGCCGCACCUGCCGCCACGACGGGCACCUCGUCCUCCCCAGCACCCGCCUCGUUGCCACCUACGUCCGACGAGACUACUGCGCAGCAGCAGCAGCAGGUCGCGGCAGCAGGUGACGGCGGUGGCAACUACCGCAACUCUACCCUCGAGCCGGACGAAGUCUAAGAAGGCUGUUGAGUAGGGGGAGAAGAAGAACGGACGGACGGACGGACAUGGUCAUCAGCGCAAAGGUGACGCAUUAGUGACGGCACUGAGCUUCCGUACUUUUUGUUUUUUUUUUUUUUGUACUAGAAUGGGUACUCCCACCCACCCAUCAGCCUUUCAAUGCUGCGGCCACGGGAAGGGAAUGUGGUGUACGUGGAAAUUGUAACAGAGAGAAAAAAAUGCGCAACAAAUCGCCAACACAUUGCAUCGUGUGUGUGGUCCUAUUGCUGUUGUGCGGUGCAGCACAACGAGGAGAAGGAGGAUGCAGAAGAAGAAUAAGGAAGAAAACAAAACACAAAUGCCUUGAAUAUGGAUUUAACAUACAAAAAAACUAUAUAGGAACCAUGCUUAAAGCAGCUGCGAUAAGGAAAAGGGAAGAGAUUUUGUAUUUGUAAACGUAUGUUUUUUAUACAUAUACACAGCUCCAUACUACAAUUACUAACCGAUUUUGCCUAUCGCUACAGAGCGUUUCCCUUAUCCUUCCCAUUUUUGCAAACCCCUGUCGUCGAUAUCACUCUCGCUCUCUCUCUCUCUUUCUCUCUCCCUCUUUGUACGCGUAGUAGUUAAGGGCGAAAAAAAAAAAACGAAAACAAAAAUCAGCUCCCUCUCGCCCACACUCCCGUCGGUAUUGGGAGAUAGGGGGGGAAAGGAAAUUUUAUAACAAUACACAUAUUGUGCGUAUAUAUUAUUGCCGACAUAAGCCGAAAUGGAAUGGAACACACGCAACAAAGCAUUAAAAAAGCCGCACACAGGUCGGUGGUUUGUGGCUAUCUGCAAAGGAACCGAUCCAAACACCAAACACGAACCGGAAAGCCUUCCCAGAGAGAGAGAGAGAGAGAGAGAGAGAGAGAGAGAGAAAGAGAGAUGGUGCGCAACAAACCGCAUCUCUUUAGUGCAUCAUAUAACUACACCGACGGAGAGGAGAAGCGGGUAGGAUAAAGGGAACGAUAGCUUUCGAACUGAACAGAAUGGACGAAAAACAGCAAACAUCAACAUAUUAACACUAAACAUGGAAACAGAAUAAAUAAAAAAAAAUAAAAAAGGGAAGGAAAGGAACGAGAACACAGAAACAUUAUAAAAACACAUUUACAAACACACACAAACAAGUAGUAGAGGGGAUAGUCGCGCGAAUCGAAUUAAUACUUAUUAUUAAAUUAAUUCUUAUUACUUGUUUUUAUGAUUAGAUAAAUCAAAACAAAGAUAGAAGAGAACGAGAGAGAAAGAGAUAGAAAGAGAAGCGAGAUCGAAACAAAGCAGCAAGAUAACGGAUGAACAAAACAAAACAACAAAAAAAAGGAAAGAGAAAAACCUUCGCGAGCAAAAAUGAUUGUAGCUGGAUGGAUGAUGAAGCGGAAAACCACAUACAGAAAAACAAAGGUGUAUUAAGUAUUUUAAGAUGAGA